CUCUCUCUCUCUCUCUGCUUCCAACCAUCCAUGUCUGCCAUACACUUCGUCAUCACCUUCUUCCAUCCCUUUCAAUCCUUCAACACCAACUACUCUCUUUUCUAAACACACAAUAAAUAACAAUUCUGUCUUCUUUUUUUUAUUAUUUUUUUUCUUAAUUCUCUUUUUCUCUUUUCUUCUCUUCCUUUUCUUCUGGGGUGAGCUUUUUUGUGCUUAAAUUUUGGAGCUUUGAAGAGAUCUUGUUGGGGAGAUUCUUCUGCAAUUCAGUUACAGAUUCUUUUGUUGCUUCUCUUAUAUUCUCUUUCCUCUUCACUGUCUACCUCACAGACAGGACACACUAUGUUUUUCCCUGGAUCUUGAGCUUCUUUCUUUUUUACGCUUUUGGCAAUGUUUCAAUUGUAAACUUAAACACUGCCUCUUCCAAUUUCAACUCUUCCUUCAAAAUUCUCCUUUUCAAGCAUCCUCCACAGAGAAAAGAAGAAAAAAAUUGUGUGUCUCAAGUGUUGUUUCUCUUCCAUGGACUUUCACAUGGCUCUCGUUCUUCCAUGAAAGCUACCCUUUUCGGCUCCCCCAAUUGUUUCAAAGUUGUGGAUAGACAAAAGAAGUCUGGUUUAAUUGACAGCAAAAUAGGGAAGGACGCUUCUGGAGUCUGAAUUCUUCGGUCAGCAAAAUUGGAUGCUUUGCUGUGAACUGUGAUCCUAUAUGCUUUUUCAGUGAAAAAGCUAAUCUGAGGAUGAUAACGUUUAUGGAGUCAAAGGAGAAAACAAGAGAAGCAGUGGAGAAGUGUCUGGACCCUCAGCUAUGGCAUGCGUGUGCAGGUGGCAUGGUGCAGAUGCCACAGGUGAACACAAAGGUCUAUUACUUCCCUCAGGGCCAUGCUGAGCAUGCAUGUGGUCCUGUGAACUUUAGGACCUGCCCCAAAGUGGUUCCACCUAUGGUUCCAUGCAGGGUUGCUGCUGUGAAGUACAUGGCUGAUCCUGAGACUGAUGAGGUCUAUGCCAAGCUUAGGCUUCUUCCUCUCAGUGGCAAUGAUGCUGAUUAUGGAAAUGAUGCUGGUGUUGUUGGAGGAGGUGGAAUCCAUGAACCUGAGGCUCAGGAUAAGCCUGCUUCAUUUGCAAAGACCUUGACUCAAUCUGAUGCCAACAAUGGUGGGGGGUUUUCGGUUCCUAGGUAUUGUGCCGAGACCAUUUUCCCGCGGCUGGACUACUCGGCCGACCCUCCGGUACAGAGCAUACUUGCAAAAGAUGUUCACGGCGAGACGUGGAAGUUUAGGCACAUUUAUAGGGGCACGCCGAGGCGGCACCUCCUAACUACCGGUUGGAGUACUUUUGUGAAUCACAAGAAGCUUGUGGCUGGGGACUCAAUUGUGUUUUUGAGGGCGGACAAUGGGGAACUGUGUGUUGGGAUUCGGAGAGCAAAGAAGGGUCUAGGAGGUGGGCCUGAGGCUUCUUCAGGUUGGAAUCCAGCGGGUGGAAAUUGUCCAAUGCCUUAUGGUGGAUUUCCAGGGUUUCUGAAGGAGGAUGAUAUGAGGCUCUUGAGAAAUGGAUUGGACACUGGCACAAGAAUGAUGGGGAAGGGAAAAGUGCGGCCUGAAGGAGUCAUUGAAGCUGCUACUCUUGCUGCCAACAAGCAACCUUUUGAGGUCGUUUACUACCCUCGCGCGAGUACGCCCGAGUUCUGUGUGAAGGCCUCACUGGUUGAAGCUGCACUGCAGAUUAGGUGGUGCUCUGGAAUAAGGUUCAAGAUGGCCUUUGAAACCGAGGACUCGUCGCGAAUUAGCUGGUUUAUGGGUACCAUAUCUUCAGUUCAGGUUGCUGAUCCCCUUGGAUGGCCUAACUCACCUUGGAGGCUUCUUCAGGUUACAUGGGACGAACCAGAUUUACUUCAAAAUGUGAGAAGAGUGAGUCCAUGGCUUGUUGAAUUGGUAUCAAACAUGCCUGCCCUUCAUCUUUCACCUUUCUCACCGCCGCGGAAGAAAUUAAGAUUGCCCCAACACCCGGAUUUUCCCCUUGAUGGCCAAAUUCAUGUGCCAACAUUUUCCAGCAACCUUCUAGGUCCGAGUAACCCCUAUGGUUGUCUACCCGAAACUACUCCUGCUGGCAUGCAGGGAGCCAGGCAUGCUCAUUAUGGUAUAUCCUUAUCAGAUCUCCACCUCAGUAAACUGCAGUCAGGUCUAUAUUCGGCUGGUUUCCCGUCUCUUGAUCACGCUGCUACACCAAUCAGGGUCCCCAAUAACUUACUAUUGCAAAAACCCAGCACCAGUGAAAGUGUCUCUUGCUUGUUAUCUAUGGCGAGUUCUGUGCAAUCCUCAAAGAAACCAGAUGAAGGGAAGACACCACAGCUUGUGCUUUUUGGCCAAAAGAUUCUCACAGAGCAGCAGCUCUCUCUCAGCAGCUCUGGUGAUGCUGUCUCCCCUGUUCUUACCGGAAAUAGUUCAUCCGAUGGAAAUGCUGAUAAACUCAAUAAUUUUUCUGAUGGUUCUGGUUCUGCUCUGCAUCAGCAAGGUAUACCAGAACGCUCCUCUUGUGAGAGGUUCCCGUGGUAUAGGGAUCACCGUCAAGAAACCGAGGCCGGUUUGGAGACCGGUCACUGCAAAGUUUUUAUGGAAUCGGAAGAUGUAGGUCGGACAUUGGACCUCUCGUUGCUUGCUUCGUACGAUGAACUGCACAGAAAGCUAGCAGACAUGUUUGGCAUCGAAAAAUCCGAGAUGCUAAGUCAUGUGCUCUACCGAGACAUAAAUGGUGCAGUCAAACACCUUGGAGAUGAACCAUUCAGUGAUUUCUCAAGAACAACAAAGAGAUUGACUAUUCUAAUGGAUUCCAGCAGUGACAAUGUAGGAGUGUAGUUGAAGAAAAAAUAAAACCAAUUCUUUUUUACCCUUUUCAAUUGUAUAGUUGGUUUAUCAAAUCCUCUAUAUUCCCAUUUAUGACCCCUUUUACCCCUUCCUUAAGAAUUGGAAGGAAGGAUCUGAUUUUUGAAUAUCAUACUCUCCAAGAUAAUUCUUUCUCGAUCUAUGAUCUAUCUUGGAGACAUAUUUUGUAUUUUGGAUUUUGAGAUUUUAUUGCAGUGAUCAUAACUCUUGAUCCUUUA